AUGGCUGUCCGGAAGCGCAAUGAAUAUCUGGAAGGCGAUGAGAGCGACGAUGAUACCGCCCUAGAUUAUGACUCUACUAGUGCAGAAGAAACCAAAGGAAGAUUGACUGGAAGAAACCCCAAGCGGCGUCGGACAGACGAUGCAUCUGAUGAAGACUCAUUGCAAAGCUUUGGCCCACAAAAGUACAACCGCAGCGUAGAAGAAAGACAGGGUACUCCAGAUGCGGGUGGCGUACGAGGCGACUCCGACGAAGGUGCCGAGAGACUUAAUGGGUUGGAUCUACCAGCAACAGCACUGCCUUCUACGGAUGCCAAAGCGAAAGCACGCCUAGUGAAGUCUGCUGCUGCUGCAGAAAAGGCCGCACGGCAAUCUGGCGUAGUCUACAUCUCACGUGUGCCUCCCUUUAUGAAACCGCAAACACUUCGACACUACCUAGCCCCGCACGCAACAAAAGGGCUAGGCCGCAUCUUUCUCACGCCGGAAGACCACGUCGCGCACACCCAACGUGUCAAGCGUGGCGGCAACAAGAAAAAGUCCUUCACCGACGGCUGGGUCGAGUUCGUUUCGAAGCGUGAAGCGAAGGUAGCCGCCGAGACUUUGAACGGCAACAUUAUUGGAGGCAAGAAAGGCAACUUUUACCAUGACGAUCUUUGGAACAUUAAAUAUCUAAAGGGAUAUAAAUGGAGCCAUCUUACCGAGCAGAUUGCGAAUGAGAAUGCAGAACGUGCGGCACGGUUAAGGGAGGAAAUCAGAAAGACGAGGAAGGAGAACAAGGCGUUCUUAGAAGAUGUGGAGCGAGGCAAGACGAUUGCGGGCAUUGAGAACAAGCGCAAGGCGAAACAG